ACACUUUCCCCACGCUGGUUCCGCGUCUCUUUGCUGAGUGCCGGACCUCCGCCUGGCCUGAGGUGUUUCGUGUCUGGGGGCACAUCUGGGCCAUACACGCCGCCGCCAUGGGCAAAACUGCUGGAUCUCCGCGUCCGGGAGUCCGGCCUGAUCCCGUGAGGAGUUUCAAUCGCUGGAAGAAGAAACACAGCCAUAAGCAGAACGAGAAGAAGCAGUUAAGGAAGCAGCUGAAGAAGCCCGAGUGGCAGGUCGAGCGCGAGGUUAUCAGUCGUCUAAUGCAGAACUACGAGAAGAUAAAUGCAAAUGAAAUUACAAGAUUUUCAGAUUUCCCCUUAUCCAAAAAAACAUUGAAAGGUUUACAAGAAGCCCAGUACCGUUUGGUAACUGAGAUACAGAAGCAGACUAUUGGGUUGGCUUUGCAAGGUAAAGAUGUACUUGGAGCUGCCAAAACUGGAUCUGGCAAGACUUUAGCCUUCCUUGUUCCAGUGUUGGAAGCUUUAUAUCGUCUGCAGUGGACUUCAACAGAUGGACUGGGGGUUCUGAUAAUAUCACCUACUAGAGAACUGGCCUAUCAGACAUUUGAGGUUCUCCGAAAAGUAGGAAAGAAUCAUGACUUUUCAGCUGGUCUCAUCAUUGGUGGAAAGGAUCUGAAACACGAAGCAGAGAGGAUCAACCACAUAAAUAUACUUGUUUGCACACCGGGUCGGCUUCUUCAACACAUGGAUGAAACAAUAUGCUUUCAUGCUACCAAUCUCCAAAUGUUAGUUCUUGAUGAAGCAGAUAGAAUCUUGGAUAUGGGCUUUGCUGAUACCAUGAAUGCUAUUAUUGAAAAUCUUCCCAAGGAACGUCAGACUUUGCUUUUUUCAGCAACACAAACCAAAUCUGUGAAGGACCUUGCACGCUUGAGUUUGAAAAACCCUGAGUAUGUCUGGGUUCAUGAGAAGGCAAAAUACAGCACCCCUGCCACUUUGGAACAGAACUACAUAAUCUGUGAACUGCAACAAAAAAUAAGUGUGCUAUAUUCCUUUUUGAGAAGCCAUCUGAAGAAGAAGAGUAUUGUGUUUUUCUCCAGUUGUAAGGAGGUUCAGUAUCUGUACCGUGUGUUCUGCCGGCUACGUCCUGGAAUUUCAAUCCUUGCCCUCCAUGGCCGACAGCAGCAGAUGAGAAGAAUGGAAGUCUAUAAUGAAUUUAUCCGCAAGAGAGCUGCUGUACUCUUUGCUACUGAUAUUGCAGCCAGGGGGCUGGAUUUCCCAGCUGUGAAUUGGGUUCUUCAGUUUGAUUGUCCAGAGGAUGCCAACACAUAUAUUCACAGAGCAGGUAGAACUGCCAGGUACAAAGAAGAUGGUGAAGCUUUAUUAAUUUUGCUACCCUCAGAAGAAAAAGGGAUGGUGCAGCAGCUUCUGCAAAGGAAAGUGCCUGUGAAGGAAAUCAAAAUCAAUCCAGAAAAACUUAUAGAUGUCCAGAAAAAAUUGGAGUCAUUUUUAGCCCAAGAUCAAGAUUUAAAAGAAAGAGCUCAGAGAUGUUUUGUCUCCUACAUACGUUCAGUAUAUCUAAUGAAGGACAAAGAAGUAUUUGAUGUGAGCAAGUUACCACUACCUGAAUAUGCCCUGUCUCUCGGUCUUGCUGUGGCACCCCGGGUGAGAUUUCUUCAGAAAAUGCAGAAACAACCCACCAAAGAAUUGUUAAUGAGCCAAGCCAAUAAAGUAAUUGAACCAAGGGCACCCUCCCUCACCAACGAUGAAGUGGAAGAGUUUAGAGCCUAUUUCAGUGAGAAAAUGUCCAUCCUUCAGAAAGGUGGAAAAAAAACAGAAGAAACUGAGUACAGACUGGCUAAUGGUAUUAGUGAUGAGGAAGAAGAAGAAGAAGAGAAGGAAGAUGAAGGAGAAUUGGAAGAGAAAGUGGGAAAAGCAAAAGGAUCUCAAAUUCAGUAUGUUCCUAACACAGAUGAGGCACAGAAAAUCAAAGAAGUUCCUGUGCAGUUCAUGGACAGAGAUGAGGAGGACGAAGAUGGACCUGAUGCUGAUUUCUUUAAGGUGAAACGGUACAAUGUGUUUGGCUUGGACCUUAAAGAGAAUAAAACAUUACAGAAUAAAGAGUCUUCUAAAUCCAGUGUCAAGAAAAAGGUGACCAAAGUCGCAGAAGCAAAAAAAGUAAUGAAGAGAAAUUUUAAAGUGAAUAAGAAAAUAACAUUUACUGAUGAAGGGGAGUUGGUUCAGCAGUGGCCACCAAUGCAGAAAUCCAUCACCAAGGAUGCAGAGGAAGAGGAUGAUACUGGAGGUAUCAACUUAGAUAAAGCAAAAGAAAGGCUUCAGGAAGAGGACAAAUUUGACAAAGAAGAAUAUAGGAAAAAAAUUAAGGCUAAGCACCGGGAGAAAAGACUAAAAGAAAGGGAAGCCAGAAGAGAAACAAACAAGAAACAAGCAGAGGCCGAAGAUGAAGAGGAAGCCUUUCUGGAUUGGAGUGAUGAUGAUGAUGGUGAAUUUGAUCCAAGUACACUUCCAGAUCCGGAUAAGUACCGAAGCUCCGAAGAAUCAGAUAGUGAAGAUAUGGAAAAUAAUAUUAGUGAUCCCAAGAAGAAGCAGGGAAUGAGGAAAAGGAACAACAGUGAAGUGGAAGACGCAGGACCAACAAGUCGUAAUAGAAAGAAGGCCAAGUGGGAAACCUUAGAGCCUUUGGAUACAGGCCUAUCAUUAGCAGAGGAUGAAGAGCUGGUGUUACAUCUGCUCAAAAGUCAAAGCUAAAUACUCCCUGCUCUUGUCAUCUCCUUGAAACCCUUGGUCAUGAUUAUAUGAGCAAGAAGUUGAGGAACAGUUGGCUUGGAUGAGUCCCAUGUCCAAAGGACCCAUUCUCUAGACAGAAGUGAUCAUAGAUCUAAGCCCUUUUCACAAAAUGUGCUUAUCUCCCCAUCACAGAGCAUACUCAGAGUGAGGGAGGCUUAUAAAAUUUCCUCAUCCCA